AUGACAUCCCUAUGCACGAGGUUGAAAGGUGCCCUAGCGAAUGCGCCGACCAAAGAAUUGCGUGGACAUCAGCAAAAAGUGCUCACGGUCGGGUGGAGCUCCGAUGGCCGGAGACUGGGUUCGGGGUCCGCCGACAAGACAGCGAGAGUGUAUACCAAUAUUGAGCGGACAAAUAGCAAAGACGCCUUGGAGUUGAAGGCACAUACGGGCGACGUCGAUCAGUUGUGUUGGGACCCGACACACCCUGAUAGACUGGCGACAGCAUCCCUCGACAGUUCGAUUAUCAUGUGGGACGUACGAACGGCGGACAGAUCAAAAACUUCACCGUAUAUCUGUAAAGUGAAAACCACGGGAGAAAACAUCAACCUAUGUUGGAGCCCCGAUGGAAGGAACAUCGCGGUGGGGAACAAGGAAGAUGUUGUGGCUUUCAUUGAUCCGAGGGGAGGAGGAGAUGCAACAAGUGAGAAGAAGUACAUAUGGCAUACGAUAAAGAAUGAUGUUGAGAUCAACGAAAUCAGCUGGAACUUCGCCGGGGAUCUGUUCUUCAUGACCACGGGACAGGGGACGGUGCGCAUACUGGAGUUCCCGGGAUUCAAACAAGUUACCGACCUGUACGCACAUACCGCCAAUCUGUACUGUCUAGACUUUGAUCCACGAGGAAAAUAUUUUGCCACUGGGAGUGCAGAUGCUUUAGUAGCUCUCUGGGAUCUCGAUUCCCUUCUAUGUUUACGAACAUUUGGGACUCUUGAAUGGCCAGUCCGAACAAUCAGCAUGAGCCACGACGGCGAACUCAUCGCCUCUGGAUCAGAAGAUCGGAUAAUCGACAUCUCUUCCGUCGAAACCGGCCACAAUAUCUACACGAUCCACACGAGUGCAGCAACGAACAGCAUCGCAUGGCAUCCCUACAAACACUUGCUGGCGUACGCGGGCGAUGACGCGAUGGCUACGAGACCGGAAGGGAAUUUGAGGGUGUUUGGCUUGAGUGACUUGAAAAACGGAUAA